UCCCGUAGUUACGAAAGACGUCAUCCCAGAACUCAUUGCAAAAACUACUCCGUCCAUUAUUUUCAUCAAGAAUUUCGAAGGAAAAUUGAAGCGUCUAAAGCCCUCAAAUCAAAACUCUGCCAUGUCUAACAAGACAACAUUGGUUUGGUCGAUCUGCUUGGUCGCUCUUGUAGCAAAUGGCGCUUUAGCGGAAUAUUGUAACUCGUACACCCCGUGUCAGGGUUACGGCAUCAAAACAUGCUGCAACAACGAGUGUGUCUACUCCUCUAGCUGCGAAGGCCGCUACUGUUCCUCGGACUAUGAUUGCAACUCUAAUGGUAACUUUUUGAACUGCUGCUCUAAUUCCUGUCAGUGGGAUUACUGUUACAACCCAAUACCAGCUAUCAUCGGCGGUACUAUCGCGGCAAUUGUUGUGAUAAUUGCCAUUAUCGUCGGUGUGUCCUAUUUCUGUUGCUGUCGGAGACCAGUUCGUGCAACUGGGGGACGAGUGAUAACUGCCCCUCAACAGCAGAUUAUAACAACAACAACAACUUCUAACUACCCUCCACCUCCAAUGCCUAGUGCACAAGGACCAUACCAAGCCCCCCUUGGAACUUACCAAGGCCCAGCACCUCCUUUUACCCAACUUCCAGGGUAUGGACCACCACUACAAGGAGUCUACCCUGGCGGAUAUGUUGCUGGGGGAGCUCAGCCACCCAUGCAGUACCAGUCACCUAUGGGCAUGGACAAUUUGGGUGCAUCUGUACCACAACCACCCCCAUAUUCACAAGCUAACCAGGAACAAACAAAGAUGCCAUAGUGUUUGCCAUAGUGCCCCCUGUUGUUGCAAAAUUUCUAGUCACAUUAUUGAAGGCCCACAGCAAGGAGUUUGAGUUCAAACUCACAUUGUCUCCCUUCUCUUAACCUUUAUUUGAGUUUUUCUUCCAGUUAAGUGGGGAUUUUUUCCAACCCCCUGAAACCCUCAUGGCUAUGGGCUUGUAUUACAUUUCCGUUUUUUGUGAAUUUACCAUCUUCAAUAACAAAAAAAAUUGUCUGUAAUAACAGAAUUCUUAUUAUGCAGCCUUACAAUAUAGCUAAAAAGUGCCCUCUAUAUAGAUACCACUAAAUUGUGUAACCAGAAAGACUAAAGACUGUUAUAAAAACUAGGUAGUCUGCAUACGUGUGGUGGAAGCACAAAAUUAAAUCAACCCAAAGGUUGAGGUUGGGAUGAUUUAUUACAUUUUUUUACUUCUAAGGAUAGAUGAUGUCAACCCAAUAUAUGCUGGAUGGCAAAUAAUAGGUUAGCUUUGAUACCUUACAUCAUUUAAUAAUUGUUAUAUUUAUUUAUAGGAUAGAAGAUAGGCUCUUCUAAAGAAUGGUUGUGGGAUUAUGUGUAAAAAUUUCUAUGCACACUGAGAAGCACAAUCUUUUGCAGAGAAAACAAUCUGCUGUAUCACCAUUUUUAACAGGGAAGCCUUUGCAUGUUAAGUGAGGUAGAAGAAAUAUAGCUAGAAUUUGUAGAUAGGGACUGGUCAAUUAUGAAAUAUCCUCCGACCCCAUCCACACUCCUCAUGGCUGUGAAAACUGUUUAAACUGCGUAUUGUGGUAAAAAGAAUUCAAAUAUUGGGGAGUUGCGGUGCACAGGACUUGCCCUUGGUACGAGAUGAUUUAGCGGGAAAUAAACCUGGGAAGUGUCGCCUUGUUGCAGAUGCUUUUCAAAACCUUGUCCUUCUGUACAGUAUGCAAUAUGUCUGAUGUUUUUCUGCGGUAUUUUCGAAAAUUUAUUGCGGUAUUGCAGUAGUAACAACCCCCAACAUCCCCCCUUGAAGCAUUCAUUUUGUUUUGAGAAAGCAUGAUGCAAAAAAAGAAAGCAAUGUGGUGUACAAUGUAUAUGUUCCAUUUUUGGAGAAUGUUACAAAUGAUAGGUGCAUCCUAUGAAAGCAAAA